AUGAAGCCCUUUGAGAAAGGCUGUCUGUUUCUACUGCUGCCUGUCGUGUUAAGAGUUGUGUGCUCCUCCUUUAUUAGUGUGAACCUUGGGUUGAAAGUGAUGAAGGGACAGUCUGUCUUCCUGUCAGAAGAAGACCUCAACUUUUCCAUCCCCAGAGAGAAAGAUGUCUGCAAAGUAGAAGUGAUCAAUGAGCCAAUAACACAGAGGGUUGGGAAACUCACUCCACAGGUUUUUGACUGUCACUUCCUUCCUAAUGAAGUCAAAUAUACCCACAAUGGAUGUCCAAUUUUAGAUGAAGACACGGUGAUGCUUAGGCUGUACAGGUUUACAGAAACGGAAACGUUUGUAGAAACAUUCACCCUUCAUGUGCAGUUGCUUGAGCCAGACUGUAACAUCAUAAAAAUGCGCUCCCAUGCUUUGGAGGUCCCUGAAUACUAUGGUCUGUCUAGGGUGAUUGACAAGAACGUCCUCACCUUUGAUUACGACAGGAAGAUAAACCUGGAUUGCACCAUUUCCAUAAUCUCUUCAGAAACACACCUGCCUGCUCAUGGCCAGCUUAUCACCGGGAAAGUGCAGCAAGGGCAGUUUCGUGGAGAUCAGCCAUGGAGCUUCUUCCCUGGCACUAAGCACAGCUUGGGCCAACAGUGCAGAAAUGGGAGCUGUACACUGGGACUAGGACACAUUAACAACAAAAAGAUGAGUUGUGAAGAAUUUCUGAGGAUGGGAAUUCAGUAUCGUCACCUUGAUCCCCCCUCACCUGACACUGAUUAUAUUCCUGUGAGGUUGGAUCUCUCAGACAGCAGAAGCAAAACUCUGCACAAGACGGAGUAUGCAUGGCUCCCUGUUCAGAUCAGAGGUGCUGUUCCCAACCAAAUACCCAAAGCUGCCCCAAUGGCAAAGUUCAUCCUGGAAGUAGAUCAAUUUAUUUUAACCCCUAUCACAACCACAACCAUUGAUGCUGAAGACAAUGAAACUCCAAAGUCCCUGCUUAUAUUCAACAUCACCAAGCCACCUCCACAAGGCUUUAUCACUCACCUCUCUGACCACACAAAACCUAUUGGCUCCUUCACGUGGAAGGAUCUCAGUGACAUGCUCAUUGCUUAUCAGCCUCCAAAUAACAGCCACACAGAGAGGAGGAAUUAUGAGGUGGAGUUUGAGGUGCAUGACUUCUACUUUGAGAGGAGUUUACCAAUCACUGUGCAUCUUUCUAUCAGAACAACAGAUACAAAUGCCCCUCGAGUUUCGUGGAAUACAGGCCUCAACCUCCUAGAGGGGCAAUCCCGACCCAUCACAUGGCAGCACUUCCAAAUUGUAGACAACGAUGACAUCCAGAACGUUCGCUUGGUCGCAGUUGAUGGCUUACAGCAUGGGCGGCUGUCAGUCAGAGGAGGGAAAGGAUUCAUGUUCACCGUCUCUGACAUUCAGGCUGGAGUUGUCCACUACCAUCAUGAUGACAGUGAUUCUACUAAGGACUUUGUGGUAUUUAGAAUUUUUGAUGGCUCCCAAAGUAUUCGCCACAAGUUUCCAAUAAAUAUCCUCCCUAAAGAUGAUAGCCCACCGUUUCUUAUCAGUAAUGUGGUCGUUGAAGUUCAUGAGGGACAGACAAUCCUGAUUCAGCGUUCCAUGCUUCAUGCUUCGGACAUGGAUUCCAGUGAUGACUACAUACUAUUCAAUAUUACCAAGCCAUCACAAGCUGGAGAAGUCUUGAAGAAACCAGGACCAAACUUGAUAGGGUAUUCUGUCAAGAGUUUUCUUCAGAGGGAUCUAUUCAAUGGAAUGAUUUAUUAUCAUCAUUUGGGAGGAGAAGUAUUUGAAGAUUCCCUUGAAUUUGUGCUAUGUGAUAGCCAUGACCCUCCAAAUCUCUCAGAGCCACAGGUGAUGAUGGUCCACAUUAUCCCUGUGGAUGAUCAGCUACCCAGAGAAGCUGCAGGAGUGACCCGUCACCUGGUUGUUAAGGAGACUGAAAUUUCUUACCUGACUAAGAAACAUCUCCACUUCAUAGAUGUGGAAGAGCAAGACAGGGAGCUCACAUACACCAUAACCACUUCCCCAUUUUUCUCUUGCACCCAUGGCUACUCAGAUGCUGGGAAACUGUUUAUGGUGGACACCAUCCCCAAACUGGUCAAGGAUCCUACUGCUCUUGCACUGCGGUCAUUUACUCAGCAUGCUGUGAACUAUAUGAAAGUUGCUUACAUGCCACCCCUGCAGGACAUCGGACCUGAACCUCAGCAAGUCCAGUUUAUUUUUUCUGUCAGUAACCAGCAUGGAGGCACUUUGUAUGGGAUCUGCUUCAAUAUUACAAUUCUUCCUGUGGACAAUCAAGCCCCAGAGGUUUUCACAACCCAUUUGAGAGUGCAAGAGGGUGGCAUGAGCCCCGUUACAGAGGGACACAUUCUCAUCUCUGAUUCAGACACGAAACGAGAGCAUCUCUUCCUGCUCCUGCAGAAGCAGCCGCAGCAUGGGGUAGUGGAGCUGGAUAACAUUCCCAUGAAUGGAGGUGACAGGUUUUCCUGUGAGGACCUGUGUACCCUGGCAGUCAGAUAUCGUCAUGACGGCUCUGAGACUCUCACUGACGAUGUCUUCUUUGCAGCCACAGAUGGCAUCCAUUUUAUAGAGUUCAUCCUGCAGGUCAAGGUGUUGCCUGUGAAUGAUGAGCUACCUGUUAUGCAAACAGGCCUUGUUCCCGUGCUCCACUGCCUGGAGGGUGAAGAAGUAGUCCUCUCCUCGGAGUACAUUUAUGCCACAGAUGUGGACAGCGAUGACAUGGAACUGGUGUUCAUGCUCGCCCGCCAGCCCUCCCAUGGAGUGGUGAGGAAAGCUGGCAUUGCCGUGGAUCGUUUCUCCCAAGCUGAUGUCAUUGCUGGUUUAGUCACAUACAAGCACACUAGUGGUGAGAUUGGCCUGACUCCUUGCUUUGACACCUUAACCUUGAUUGUCUCUGAUGGCGAGGCUGGCCUAGAUGUGAAAGACUGCUGUUAUGAGGGACCUCCUUCUCCCCCAGUUUCACGUGAUGAUCCAUUUCCUGUCUAUGACCUUAACAUCACUGUGCUUCCAGUGGACAACGAGCCUCCAUCAGCUGUAACCGGUGCAAGCUUUGUGGUGGAGGAGGGCUCUUCAGCAGCCCUUACUACCAAGCAUUUGUUUGCCACUGACCCUGACACCGCUGCAGAUGACUUAGAGUUUGUGUUGGUUUCUCCUCCCCAGUUUGGUUUCAUUGAAAACAUACUGCCUUCUCCUGGGUUUGAGAAGAGCAACAUUGGAAUAAGCAUAGGUUCCUUUCAGCUGAAGCACCUGAAAGCCAUGAAUAUAAACUAUGUUCAAGCCAGACACGUGCAAAUGGAGCCAACAGAAGACAAAUUUGUACUUUAUGUCACUGAUGGGCUGCAUCGCUCAGCAGAGACUCCAUUUUUUGUGUUAAUCAGCCCAACCAAUGAUGAAGUUCCAGAAUUCAUAGCCAGGAAUAUUACCGUUCAAGAAGGGGAGAUGAAAGAGCUGGAUCUGUCUGUUAUCAGUGCAGUUGAUCUGGAUGUGCCUCAAGACCCUCUGGUAUUUGGGGUUGUGCAGAGGCCCUCGUACGGGUUCCUUAUUAAUGGUGUUCAUGGCAGUGAUGUUCUACACUAUAAAGAGUUAAUUAACCAUGAUCAUCACAGCCAUGGGUUGCUUGUUCAUCACUUUUCCAUGGAGCUACUAAGGAAUGGAAUGAAGCUGAUGUACAUGCAUGACAACUCUGAAAAUCUCACUGACAGCUUUAAAAUUCAGCUAUCAGAUGGAAAACAUAAAGUCCUCAGAACCAUUUCAGUAAAGGUCAUUCCAGUUAAUGAUGAGAAACCAGUGCUGAGCAAGAAGAACCAUAUAGAGGUGAACAUAGGUGAAACUCAUGUAAUUUCUAGUGCUGUUCUGUCAGCAGAAGAUAAAGAUACCCCCAGGGAGAGAAUUUACUACUUGUUUGAAAGACUUCCAGAAAAUGGUCAGCUUCAGCUCAAGGAAGGACAAGAGUGGGUUACUCUCCUAACUGGAAUGAAGUGUACUCAGGAAGAGCUGGAUAUGAACCUUGUGAGAUAUGUCCACACAGGAAGUGUGGGGUCCAGGAAAAAAGACAGCUUCACAUUUUACCUCUGGGAUGGGUACAACAGAUCCCCAGCUGUGGACUUCUACAUAAAUAUCAAGGACUUGGAAAAGGGAGACAUUGCUGUUUUUACAAACCUUCUUAGAGUGCCAAAAGGAGAUCGCAGCUACAUUACAACUGAUGUCCUCCUUGCAUUGGAUGGUUCUGACAAGCCAGAGGAGCUCCUUUAUGUGAUAACCUCCCCACCCCAGUAUGGACAAAUAGAGUAUGUCAGCUAUCCUGGCAUCUCCAUUACAAGCUUCAGUCAAAUGGAUGUAGCACGACAGAUUGUCUGCUACGUUCACAAAACCAAGGCAGUUGUUCAUGAAGAUACAUUCAGAUUCAUCAUCAGCAAUGGACUGAGGACUAAGCAUGGGAUAUUCAAGAUUGCCUUGGAGGCAGCUGACCAGGCUUUGCCCACUCUAUCUAGGAACAUGGGGUUAAGAUUAACUGAAGGAGCUAUGGCACUUCUUACUCCUGAUGUACUGCAGCUUUCAGACCCAGAUACUGCGAAAGAAAACCUUACCUUCCUUUUGGCUCAACUCCCCCAAUAUGGUCAUCUCUAUUACAAUGGGGCUGUGCUACUGCAGUACAAUUUCACACAGCAAGAUGUGGACAACAGGGAUGUUGCAUACAAGCACCAAGGUGGGAAUUCCCAAACUGACAGAUUUACAUUUGUUGCCUCAGAUAGGACUAACCAAGGCUUCAUCGUGAAUGGGAGUGUGCAGAGUGAGCCAGUGACAUUCACCAUUCAGGUGGAUCAUUUGGACAAAAUGGCACCAAAAAUUAUUCAUCUCCAUUGUUUUUCUGAUGUGGAACUGCUGAAGAAUGGCAAUUAUGGGAUCUAUAUUACUGCCAGGUCCCUGAGGGCUUAUGACCCCAAUACAGAAGAUGACAAAAUAAUUUUUAAGAUUUUGAGAGGUCCUCAUUAUGGCUACCUGGAAAAUAUAACAACAGGUGGAUUCAUUCAGGAAAGAUUUAGCCAAAAGGAUUUAAACAGCAAAAUCAUACUUUAUGUCAUCAACAAAUCGCGAGAAGUAAAUUCAGACAGCUUGGAGUUUCGAGUGACAGAUGCCAGUGGAAACUCUGCGGCACCCCAAAGGCUGGAGCUACGGUGGUCUCAAAUUGAAAUGUUACAGACUGAAUAUGAGGUGUGUGAAAACACAGGAGUGAUGUCUCUGAAAAUCACCAGGGCAGGAUACUUGGGGGAGUCUGCCUUUAUAACUGUGAAGGUCAAUGAAAUGUCUGCUAGGUUGGGAAAGGACUUCACAGUGACUCCCUCCAAGCUUGUUCAGUUUGAUCCAGGAGUGUCAACCAAGAUGUGGAAUAUAGCAAUUACCUAUGACGGAUUAGAGGAAGAUGAUGAAGUCUUUGAAGUAGUUCUGAACUCCCCUGUGAAUGCUGUUCUUGGCACACGGACAAAAGCUGUAGUGAAAAUUUUGGACUCUAAAGGAGGUCAAUGCAGCUAUUCCCGUUCUUCUGGCCAAAGCAAGCAUGACUUCUGGGGAAGAGGCACGCUCUUUCCAGCUUCCUCGGGCUCCUCAUCACCUUCCAGGCCUGGCAAUGUUUCCUUGGAAGGGAUCCCACUGCUUCCUUCCAAAGGGAAGAGGGAGCAUGGAGGGGAUCUGUGGCAGGAGCACAGCUUGGCAAAUCGGUCAAAGACCAGGCUGAGAGCAACUGGAAAUGGCAGAAUAGUUCAUCCUUCAUCUGUAUUUAGAAAUGAAACAGAUGUGAUUUUCAAAUAUCACGGGAUUGUUUCGCUCAAAAUAGAGGAUGACACCUCCUCAGCUGAAACCAACAAGAAGGCACAACCAGAGAUAAAUGUAAUCUCCUCUAGGAAAACAGAAAUCCCACUGGCUGAUAAGGCAGAACUUGCAGCUGAACCAAGAUCAAGACAUAAGGACUAUAACUCUUUUCAAAAGGCUUGUACACCAGAUUUAAAGGGUCUCUUGCAUUAUGAAGAGAGCACACAGAAGUUAUUUCAGUGUGAUGGGAUAUCAUGGACAUUCUGGAAUUCCCAAAGUAAGGAGGUAACUAUGAAGAGAUGUCCCUCUGGAUGGACUUAUCAUGAGAGCAGCUGCUACUUCCUGGUAGUGAAUCAUAAGGUCACCUGGAACACUGCUGCUCGGGCUUGCAGAGAACAGUACCUGGGGAGUCUAACAAGUGUAGCUAAUGAACAACACAUGCAGUGGCUGUGGGACUUCAGUGGGAAGAUGCCCUUUUGGAUAGGUUUGAAUGACCAAGUCAAUCCUGGACACUGGGAGUGGAACGGAGGAGAGCCUGUAACCUACACAAACUGGAGAAGAGGCUCCUACCACUUUCCAGUGAGAGGAAGAAAUUGUGUAUUUGUGCAGAAGCGAGGAAAAAUGCAAGCAACUGACUGCAAGAAGGUCAAACCAAACAGCUAUAUAUGUUCAAGAAAGUUGUAAUGGAUGGAGGAUGCCUCUGAAAGAAUAUGGACAUUCAUGCUAUUUCAGUAUGCUAGCUGUAUUAGAAAAUCAUUCUAAUUAUCAGCAAGGUUUAUUUUAUAUGCUGCCAGGUGCAGAUGCACUGGCCUCUAACCACGGUAUAGAGAUCAGCUGCAAAAACUAAGCCCGGGUUAAGGUUUUGAAAUCUCCCCAAUGACUUUGAUCUGUCACUUACUCAUAGUAUUUUUAUACCAAAGAGCUGGGUCUCAAGGCUUUCAUCACUCUUCUGUGCAAAAGUAAUUUUUCUUUAAAGAAAGUACCACAUCAGUUGAUUUGCUUUGCUCUUAAAGGAAGGGUUGUGAACUGCAGUUUUACCCUGCAGUCACAAAAAGAGGAAUGCUGCUGGGGUUGGAAAUGAGGGUAGACAGUUAUCUAAAACCAGAUCUUUUGGGUGAUGAUGUGAGAAAUGUCAUGUAAGCACUGGAGUUUGUUUGGUGGAUACCCUAGUACAUCUUACAAAAGUACCAAUGGCUGGACAUUGCCUGGUGACAGAGUACAAACAGGAGCAAAGCCUUGUAUUUUUUCUACCUCCCAAAGCCAGCUUCAGAACCUAAUGGAUCUACCCACACAGAGUUGCAUCUGUUUCACAUUCCUAAGCAAAAAUUUUCUUUUUUAUUUUUUUUCCUGGAACUGCAGGAUGGUGCUGUAAUUUUUACUGUAAUUAAAUAAUGGGACAUCUCUAAAUCAAAUGUUAUAGCAAAUGAUGAUUUAUUUAAAAUGUUAGCUUAAUCCUAGGAUAUUAUCUGGGGAUAUUCACUGACACAUGAGCAUCAAUAGGAUUUAUAUGUGUGUAUAAACCAAUGUAAUCGUGAGAUAUAUUUUGUAGUACAGCAGCUAUGGCUUUUGAAAAGUAUUAAUCUAAGUCCUUAUUUGGGAUUUGAGGCUUUUAAAAAUAAAUUUUAAAAAUCCAGAUUUAUUUUUAAGAGAGGCUUAAAACGCAGCAAUUAAUAUGAAAAACCAGCUGGCCAGAACUUAUUAUUUUAGAAAAAUACGGUUGCACUAUAACCAUUUUGUAACAUUAUAGUAGACUUAUAUUUGACCUGUCAAAAUCUUGCUUUUGGAAAUUUUUACUGCCAGCCUUAAAAUUACAAAAAAAAAACCAACCAAAAAUCCCAACCAACCAACCAACCAACCAAAAACCCCCA